UAUCAAAAGUAUGGAUGGGAAUGUGCUGCUAUCGCACUCUCUUGCAUCUCCUCAUACACUGCAUUUACACUCUUGGUUACUCGAUGGCGCACACAAUUUCGACAGCAGAUGAAUCUGGCGGAUAACCUAGCUGGAAGCCAUGCUGUAGACUCACUUAUAAAUUAUGAGACUGUCAAAUAUUUCAAUAACGAAGCCCAUGAAGUUCGUGUAUAUGACCGACUGCUGACUGACUUCGAACGCGCCAGCGUGCGCACUGCCACUAGUCUUUCAUUGCUUAACUUUGGUCAGGCCGCCAUCUUCUCCGCGGGACUAGCUUCUACUAUGGCUCUCGUCGCUCACCAGAUUCCCCUGCUGCCACUAGUCCAUGAAGCCACUACCGUGAUGCAAAAAGCUGCUGCUGGGUUAACGGUCGGGGAUCUUGUGUUGGUAAAUGGGCUGCUCUUCCAACUUUCCGUACCACUCAACCUUCUGGGUUCACAGUAUCGCGAAGUCCGCCAGUCCUUGGUCGACAUGUCAAAUCUCAUGCGUCUAAUGGACAAGGAACCUAGGGUUAAGAAUAUUCGUUCAACAGGCAACGAACACAUCACUGUCUCAGCAUUAAUUCAGCGAGUUGUUGUGGCGGGGCAGCAAGCCAAUUAA